AUGAAACUUCGAUGUACUGCUUCUGUCGGCGUUAUCUUAGCCUGCUUAGCUUAUGGCCUUGACGGCCUGCUGUGUGCUGCUGCACGUGUCGAUGGUGAGCAGCUUGCCAUACGGCGAAAGGAUGUCCUCAGAUCCAAACCAGCUGCCUUCGAAACGUCGUUCCGUAAGGACGCUAAGAGGAACCUGACGCUGCCCGAGCCAACCAGCUAUGGCUACCUGGAUGUCAACCCGGAGAAGGGCAGUGCUAUGUACUACAUGUACUUUGAGGCUCAAGAGGCUAGCCCUCAUGACAAGGACGUACCUAUUAUACUUUGGCUUCAGGGCGGCCCAGGCUGCUCGUCCUUUUUUGGCAUGCUGUACAUCAACGGGCCGUACUUUGUAAACGACGACCUGACUCUGCGUCGUAACCUCGGGUCAUGGAACCGCAUGUACGGCAUGUUGUUCAUUGAGCAACCCAUCGGAGUUGGCUUCAGCAAACGAGGCAGCGCCUCCAUACCCGACAACGAGCUCGACGUCGCCUGGGACCUGUACCGGGCGCUGCAGUCCUUCUACCGCACGGACCCGGAGCUACAGAGCCGGCCGCUGAUCAUUACGGGGGAGAGCUAUGCUGGCAAGUACGUGCCCUCCAUCUCCCACUUCAUUUUGCAGGUGUGUAUGAAGCUGAGUCAGCACGUGGAGGCCCCCGUCUUCACAUUGGGGGGCCUUGCGGUUGGGAACGGAUUUACGGACGCGGAGACGCAAACUGCCGUACAAGCUGAGGUGGCCUGGGGAAUGGGCCUUAUUGACACGGUUCAAAGGCGCGUGGCGGAGGGUAUGCAGCAAGAGAUCAUUGAGUUGGUCCGGAGUCGGGAGUGGCGGGCCGCCCGCAACAAGAGCGAUGCGCUUCUGCGGUACAUCAGUACGGCAGGAGGAGCUGCCACAUUGGAGGAUGUACGGCGCAACACCGGGUACGACUCCCGCAACCAGGUGGAUGAGUACCUGAACUCGCCCCCCUUGCGACAGCUGCUCGCCCCCUCGGGGGUGCCGCCCGCAUCGGACUUGGCGUGGGAGAGCUGCUCGGGGGAGGUGGAUGCGGUGAUGGGACACGACGUCAUGAAGAGCGUCAAGGGGUUGGUGUCAGACCUACUGCAGUACAAACCCGUACUGCUGUACCAGGGCCAGUGGGAUGCGGAGUGCGGGGUGGGAUCCAACGAUGCGUGGAUCCAUACCCUGCAAUGGCACGGACACGGCGGGUUCACGGCCGCGCCGCGGAAGUUUUGGUGGGUCAACGGUCGUAUCGCGGGCUUUUGGAAGUCGUACAACACUUUGGACCUGCUGGUGCUACGGAAUACGGGGCACAUGGUGCCGCAUGACAACCCACUGGUGAGUCGUACUAUGUCGUACUCUGGGUUGUAG